AUUGUUGUAGUAGGGAGUGCAGAUUUGCGCUUGUUUGAGUUUAUCUCGGUAGCACAAGACUUCUUCUUCUUCUGCUGCUGCUGCUGCUGGUGGUGGUGGUGGUGGUGGUGGUGGUAGUGGUGGGUGUGAUUUCCCCCGCCCCUCUGCGCUGUGUUGACCGAGGUUUGCCGAGCUCCAGUCGUAGCUGUGUCGGGGAAGGACUGCUCGGCUGAUCAGUGGCACUAGCAGCGGGCUAAAAGCGGCUAGUUACAAAGCUAGCGUUGUGCUGCUCGUUGAUGCGUGGAUCGGAGAUUUACGCCGCCUUGUUUUCCAGUCAAUGCCAAAACGCAAAAAUAAACGCAAAAUAAAUCAGAUCAACAAGUGCCCCAGCCGCUGGAGUUAAGGUAAUUGAAAAAUCAGAAUAAAAGAUGAGUGAACUGGACCAGUUACGCCAGGAGGCAGAGCAGCUCAAAAACCAGAUCCGAGAUGCCCGGAAAGCAUGUGCAGAUGCUACGCUAUCACAGAUCACAGCUAAUAUCGACCCUGUUGGCCGAAUCCAAAUGCGUACAAGACGAACGCUGCGGGGUCAUUUGGCUAAAAUCUAUGCCAUGCACUGGGGAACAGAUUCCAGGCUGUUGGUCAGUGCCUCUCAAGAUGGUAAACUGAUUAUCUGGGACAGCUAUACCACAAAUAAGGUUCAUGCCAUUCCACUUCGAUCCUCCUGGGUCAUGACUUGUGCAUAUGCACCUUCAGGAAAUUAUGUGGCCUGCGGUGGUUUAGAUAAUAUCUGCUCCAUUUACAACCUGAAAACCCGCGAGGGGAAUGUACGUGUGAGCCGUGAGCUUGCCGGACAUACAGGCUACCUGUCCUGUUGUCGUUUUCUUGAUGACAACCAGAUUGUUACGAGCUCUGGUGAUACCACUUGUGCACUUUGGGACAUAGAGACUGGGCAGCAGACGACCACAUUCGCAGGGCACACAGGUGAUGUGAUGAGCCUGUCCCUGGCCCCUGACUCUCGGUUAUUCGUCUCUGGUGCUUGUGACGCUUCGGCCAAACUGUGGGACGUGCGAGAGGGCAUGUGCAGACAGACCUUCACCGGCCACGAGUCUGAUAUCAACGCCAUCUGUUUCUUCCCUAAUGGCAACGCAUUUGCCACGGGGUCAGAUGAUGCCACCUGCAGGCUGUUUGAUCUGCGCGCUGAUCAGGAGCUUAUGAUCUAUUCUCAUGACAACAUUAUAUGUGGAAUCACUUCAGUCGCAUUCUCAAAAAGCGGCCGCCUCCUUCUGGCCGGAUAUGAUGACUUCAACUGUAACGUGUGGGACACACUAAAGGCUGACCGCGCCGGUGUGUUGGCUGGGCAUGAUAACCGUGUUAGCUGCCUGGGAGUUACUGAUGAUGGUAUGGCCGUUGCAACAGGAUCCUGGGACAGUUUUCUGAAGAUCUGGAAUUGAAGCCUGAAGAUGUUCAUUAAACUCCAAAGUUGACUGGAAGACCAUUACAACUUCAGAAUGUUCACAGCAUCUUCAACACUGUUUAAACUGACUUGGACACCACAAAAUCGAAGGGAAACCAAUGCCUUUCCUACACAAAGAAGAGCACAAUUGUUUAUCACCUAGUUAUGAAAGGAUCUCCUGUGGUAUCAAAUCAGAAACUUGUGCAUUCCUUCUUGGACCAUUUUAUGUUACCUUGAAAGAGAAAAACAACACUAUCAUCCCAUGCAAAUGUGUGCGUCUUGAAAGCAAAUGUUGGAGUGUAAUUGUACAAAUUAUUUAACUUUUUUAAAGAAUUCUAUUCUGAUGGUUUGUUAUUCUCGAUGGCUUUUUUUCUUUUUGUCAUUUCUUUUUGGUUUUAGAUAUAUUUGAAUUACAGCCUGUCUUUCUAAUUCAGUAAAAAUCAUGUAACAGAUGAGAGAAAACACGCAGAAGUAAAAGCUUGGAUCAUAUUACACGAGCAGCUUUCAAAAUGUCUACGAUGUAUUUAUAUACUAGCUGUUUUUGUUUGUCAUCACAGCCUUUUGCACAUGAAGAAGCUUUGCCUCUCAAUUAAUACUAUGUUAACUAACCAAGCACAUGCUAAGUUAUGAAUGCUCAUUCCAGUACAAAAGGAGUUAUAACUUAUCCAGUUAACCCCCUUAAUUCUUGUACAUGCCUUUGACUCGGGGCGGGGUGCGGGGAGGGACCUAACCUUGGGCAUGGCUAGAUUUUAUUAUUAUAUGAUUAUUGGGGGAUUGUGUUUUAGUAUCCACUUUGAGUGAAACACCUCACCUGACUAAAUAGACACUUCCUUUUGCUUGGGACUGCAGUUGCAACUCUGUGAAUGAAAUGUACAAAUCAAUGUCUGAAAAUAAUGGUCUGAUGUUUUAAGUUAAAGACAUUUAAUUUUGUCUGCCAUGGAUUAAUUUAGAUGUGCAUGCUGUAGACUUGCUUUCAAUGGUGCAAAAACCUUUAGAUUUAUUUCUGAAAAAGGAGAGUAACCUGUCAAUUUUACCUAAUAAAGGCCAAUUUUUCUUUGGCUCAAACUCAUGCAUACAUCAUGUACUAAUAAUAUACUGGUAAUGCCAUGCACCAGGGUGAGCAAGAAUGGAAAAACGGCUUACUAUUGACUGCAUAUUUAGUGUAAAUUACGCUUACCAGUUCUAUUGAUGCCAAUUUUGUAAUAAUUAUAACAAUCAUUGUGAAAUUUUAUUCCUGACAAGUCCUUUCUCUCCUUUUGAAUAUUCACACUCAAUGGAGCAAAAGCAUUCUCACAUACUAUCCAUACUAAAUAAAAAAAAUCUUUUGUACAUUUUUUUUUUUCUUGGUCUUAAAUUUAAAAUUGGAACAUCUGAAUGACAACAUUUCACUGUAUACAGAAGCACUUUUGUUAAAGUUGUGACAUUUUUUUCACUUUUUUCUUUUUUCUGCGAUGAUGUACAAUAAAUGUGAUGUAUUCGUGUGUGGCCACAAGUGAAAAUGCAAUUCAACUGAGAUGGAUUCCCUUUUUCUCUUUCCAUUAAUAUUAUAGAGCUCUGCACCCUUAUGUACCUUUUCACUUUUUGUAUUUCAUUUCAGUCUGUUGGUGUUCCACGGUGAGCUGGAUGCAAGAUAGAUACUGUACUAAAUUGUACUGUUAUUGAUUGAAAAAUGUAAUAAAAAGCUGUUUGAGA